AUGGUAGGAGACUACUAUCUUUUGCUUCCAAUCUUCCUCCUACCUUUGCUCUAUUUCAUCUCAAAGCAACUCAAAUCUUCUUCUACAUCGGGCAGACCACCACUUCCACCAGGUCCAGUUCCAUGGCCUAUCUUAGGCAACAUUCCUCAUAUGGGAAAAAUGCCUCAUGCCACCCUCAGCAAUCUUGCUCAAACAUAUGGACCCCUCAUGUGUCUUAAACUAGGCACUCAAUACUUGGUUGUGGGAUCAUCACCAGCUACUGCAAUUGAACUCAUGAAAACUCUUGAUCGGACUUUUUCUGCCCGGUACGUUCCCAAGGUUGUCCCUGCUGAUCAAGAAGAGCUGAAUUAUUCAUCAAUCGGAUGGAACGACGAAUGCAGUGACUGUCUAAUAGUUUAG